AAAGUCCGCGCACCCAAUGUUUUUGACGGAGACCGCGACAAUCUACGCACCUUCCUCAAUGAACUCUUCCUGUUCUUCAAAGCACGUCCAGCCAACUACGCCACCGACCAGAGCCGCAUCGUCACCACCCUAACGUUCAUGGACGGACCGAAGGUGAUCGCCUGGAAGGACGGAUAUAUCACUCAGGCCCGACGAAAUGGCUGGAACACCUGGAAUGUGUUCGAGACGGUCUUACAACAGACCUUCCAGCCCAUCGAGGAAGCCGCUACGGCCGCCUCCAAGCUGUACCACCUCGACUACCAACCUGCCGCACCAGACACCUUCAACGCGGAAUUCUUCCGCCUCUGCGCCCUCGCCGGUAUACUCGAAGACAGUGCUCAGCUGUCCUUUUAUAAGGAGCGUCUCCCAGAAAGCAUGCGACGACGGGUUCGCCUCACGUACCCCAUUCCCACCACCGUUAAUGAGUGG